AGAGUCGGACUUUACUGUAAUCAUCUGCCGAACAUCUUUGGCAGGCAGCGGCUGCUCGUAUACGGAAGCGCUCUCUCUCUCUCUCUCUCUCUCUCUCUCUCUCGUGCUGUCCCGGACGUCUGCUUUAAUUUGAAGGGCACGGGGAAAGGCACAGGAGACAGGCGUGUGCGUGCUGCUGCAGCCUGUGUCUUUAAACGCAGGAGGAGACAUUUGUUUCUGAGAUGUAGUCUGCCUGAAAAAAUCUGUCGCGAGCAUCGCUCCAAACCCACCUGCUCCUGCUCAUCUCCCCGCCGAGGAAGCAAGGAAGGAAGGGGUUGGGAUGCCGAUGGUUUCAUCUGGGAGGCGACUGGAAAGGAAAGUUCAGCGUGUUUUUGGUUAACGUUUCACUUCUUCUUCUUCUUCUUCUUGUAGCUAAUUCUUGUAAAUUCACAUCGUCCACCGAGGCUCCGGACUGACCGAGAUCUACAUUUGCAGAAACGGUUUACUCAAGAUUAGCCAUCAGCUGUUAAAACCCUCAGCACAGCAGAACAGAAAUCUUAAGAAAUGGACCAAGAUAAUCUGAGCCAAAGCCAGAUGCAAGAAGACAACCCAAAUGGAGCAGAAGAAGCUUUUACAACAACUCCAGCUCUAGCCACUGAUUCCACUGCUGCCCAGUCUGCAGCUCCUGCCAGGCCUCGACGGCCCCAGAGAGGCGCCAGAGUAGAGGGUUCUGUAGACAUCUCCGAACCCAAAGCCGAGCCCAAAGCUGAGCCCACUCCAGUGGCUAACCAGGAUGAGUGCACUGAUGGCACUGUGGCAAGUCAUCCCAAACCCUUUCGUGCUGCAGCAGUCAAACCCUUAGGAGAGCGCACUGGGCCCAGCAUUAAGGCUGGUCCUAAAGGUCCAGGCCACCACCCGGUUAGGGCUGCCUCAGUGCCCCACCCACCUGCCAGCAGGCCUGUGCCUCCUCACCUGAACCCUCAUGCACAGAGAGCCCUCUCUGUAGCAGGUACAGCUGACACUCAGGCCCAGACUGUGGAAGACUUCAGGGUGCACAUCAUCACUUGGAACGUGGGUUCGGCCAUGCCACCUGAUGACAUCACUUCCUUGCUGGGGCUGAAUGUGGGGGAUGGAAACACAGACAUGUACAUUAUCGGGCUGCAGGAAGUGAACUCAAUGAUUAACAAAAGACUGAAAGAUGUCCUCUUCACAGACCAGUGGAGCGAGGUCUGCAUGGAGAGACUCAGCCCCUUUGGUUAUGUGCUGGUGACCUCCCAGCGGAUGCAGGGGUUGUUACUGCUGGUCUUUGCCAAGUACUUCCAUCUGCCCUUCCUCCGCGGAGUCCAGACUGAGACCACACGCACUGGCCUGGGGGGUUACUGGGGGAAUAAAGGUGGCGUGAGCGCCCGCAUGUCGGUGUUCGGCCACACCAUCUGCUUCCUCAACUGCCACCUGCCGGCUCACAUGGAAAACUCAGAUCAGCGUAUGGAGGACUUUGAGAGCAUCCUGCAGCAGCAGCAGUUUGAGGGUCAGGCUGCUACUGGGGUUCUUGACCAUGAUGUGGUGUUCUGGUUUGGGGAUCUUAAUUUCCGCAUUGAUGACCUGGAUAUGCAAGUGGUAAAAUCAGCCAUCGAUAACAACAAGUUUCCAAUGUUGUGGGAAAAGGAUCAGCUCAAUAUGGCCAAAGACAGUGAGACUGUGUUGGAGGGUUUCCAAGAGGGGCCACUGAAAUUCUCUCCCACCUACAAGUUUGACGUUGGAACAAAUACAUACGACACAAGUGGGAAGAAGCGUAAACCAGCUUGGACCGACCGGAUCCUGUGGCGCCUGAGAGCCACCGCACCUACUGCCGCUGCUCUCAGCGCAGGUAAGCGUGGCUCCAUUUCAGGGCUGACCAGCGGGACCAAAGUGACACAGCACUGCUACCGAAGUCACAUGGAAUACACUGUCAGUGACCACAAACCAGUCUCCUCCAUCUUUACCCUGCAGUUCCCGUACAAGGUGGAUAUUCCCCUGGUCACACUCAUAGUGGAGGAUGAGUGGAAUAGUAUUGCUGAUGCCACAGCAAAAUUCAAACUGGCGCCCAACUUCUCUCGCAGCUCCUGGGACUGGAUCGGACUGUACAAGGUGGGUUUCAAACACCAUAAGGACUAUGUGGGAUAUGUGUGGGCCAAGCAAGAGGAAGCUGACUUUUACCGACAAGAACAUCAGGUAACCUUUACUGAGGAGGAAUUGCCCAAAGGCUCAGGGGACUAUAUCUUGGGUUACUAUGGCAACAACAUGGGCACCAUUGUGGGCGUAACAGAGCCAUUUCAGAUCCAGCUUCCCACUUCAGGUCUUGACAACAGUUCUUCAGACAGCUCUGACUUCAGCUCAGAAGAUGACAGCACUGUUGUCCUCAUGAAGACGAGGUCCCGCAGUCCCAGUCCACGCAAGAGCAAGCACCGCAGCCAUCGUAGUGGCAGCCACAGCCACAGCCACAGCCGCAGUCACAGCCGCUCUGGCAGCCCUGCACAGGUCAAAAUGAAAGAGCUCAACGUCACCGAUGGUUCUCCAUCCAGCACCACAACAACAGCUGAGAGUGAGUCCAGAGGACGUCCAGAAGAGGGCAGCAGCAGCCAGGUGUCUGCUCCUGGGGAGAAAGAAAAGGACACAGGGGAUUCAGGGCUGUGAUGCACAACCGAGUCCUGCUGUAGUCACAGGUCACAUAGUUAACUGUUGUGUCUUUUAUUAAAUACAUCCACUAGACUGUAUGUUUUCUGACAUGAAAAUAUACAGUUUCUGAUGCCAUCCUUUUCAGGAACAGCCAUCUGGUUUGUCCAGAGGGCUUACUUUGCCUUGAGUUGUUCUAUUAAGCUGUGCACAUUGUAUAUUUUUUAUUUGUAAACCUUUCACUCUGUCCUAUGUUUCUUCUAUCUUUGUCCGUUCUCAGGUGUGGACAGUACAGGGAGCUGACACCUUGCAUUAGGAAAUACUCAAGGAUUUAUGGUCACGCAGAGUAAAAGAGUGGUUACUUAAUACUUUUUAGAAACCAUCAUCCUCAUAUUCCGACAAUGGUUUGAACCUCUGCACUAACGUACCUAGCAGUCAUGUCAGCAGACUGCAUACAAGCGACAGAAAAUGCUUUUGAGACAAGGAGUAUGACGUACUUGACACAGACAUUGCUCAUAAAUAACAUAAAUGUUUUAGUUGUGGAACAUAUGUCUAAUAUGAAACAAAUCUGCUCAGACCAAGAGGACCAUAGAGACAUAGUGAAAAAUGCAUUUUAUUCCAAAACAUCCUAGUAAAGCAUCCCCAGCUCUGUCAACAAUCAAGCACGUUAGUUUCUGCAAAUCUGCAAAUGGAGAUAGCCAUGCAAUUCGACUUGGUGAUGUGGUUCUACUUUUGUGGAUAUCCCCUGUUUUGGAAAUUCAGCAUGCAUUACACAGGAACAUAAUACAUAUCACCCAGGUAGUAUUUCAAAUGAUCCACCAAUGGGAAUAAAGUCCCUCCAGGGUGCAUAAAAACAGAGCAGAACUAAAGUAGGUGGAGACUGGGGUUCGGGGGGCUCAGCCACUAACCAUGGCAUCAGCACAGCACAUGUCAGUGUAGAGAGUGAAUGUGAGCGUAAAGGCUUUUAAAUAGACCAUCAAAUCAGUGCAGUGGGAUGUGGUGGGUGGGGGAGGCCUAUCAGCUGACAUAGCAUAGCUGUCUUGCCAGAACUAGUUCACUAGUUGUUGGCCAGCUAGAGUGUUAACAACUACAGCAAUAUCUGACCCAGGAAACAUGCAGUAUAUUGCUUUGACACACAAACCUUUCUGUGAGUUAAUGCGCCAGAAAACAAAUCACAUCACACACAUUUGUUUUGAUUAAAUUUUUUAAAUACGUAUUAAAACUUAAGUAAGUAAAACUCAAAUGUGAGCAAGAACUCUACUGUGUAGAGCUACUACAGGGCUUUGCAUUAUACUGUAAGUAGUAUAAUACAAAGCUGACAUGUUCCACUAUUGGGAAAUAUCACAAUGGUAAUGUGAUAUUUCAAAUAAAUGAAAUGUUCCUAUCUAAUGCAUUAUUGGAUGAUUUUGACUUUUGACGUUUGCUUUCUUUUUUCAGUUCACUGUUCCUGUGUUUGUUUUUGUGUUUUUCUUGCUCAGAUCUUCCCUUACUGAUCCUGGUGAUUAGCUGACAGUGACAAUAGUCACAAUAGUCGUGUUGCAUUGUUACCGUGUGACCUCUGAUGCACCAUCUUAGACACUGUACUUUUGGGCUGUUAGCGUAGCACAGUGUAUACUGUUGUAGCUGUAACCUCAGUGUGUAUGUCUUCUAAUCAGUUUUUGUGUAUUUUUAUAGACGUGUAUGUGUGUGUGUUUUGGAUGGUGGAGGGUAUGUGUGUUUCAUGUUCUUAUAUCCCGGUGGGGACUUUAACCUGAAUGCGCACUAACCGAUGGGGAAAUUGAGGUCCCCAUGGGUAGAGACUGCUUUUCGAGGGUUAAGACUUGGUUUUAGGGUACAGGUUACAAUUAGGUUAAGGUUAGGGUAAGGGUUAAGGUUAGGCAUUUAGUUGUGUUGGUUAAGGUUAGGGUAAGGGCCCGGGCUAGGGAAAGCAUUAUGUCAAUAACUGUCCCUCAAGGGGAUAGUGAGAAAACGUGUGUGUGUGUGUGUGUAGCUAGCUGUGGUAGUGAAUGGAGUGUGACUGUGUUUGCAUGGUUUGCUGCUGGACAUACUGUACAUUCCGGUACUGUGAUUUUUUUGUGCCGUAAAGUGCUGUUUUUGACUCCUCUUUGUGAUAAUUGUGACUGUAAAAAUUGUUAGAAAAACAUGGUGAGGACAGUAUAAAAAAUUUACUUCAGUGUAAAUGUUAGGUGAAGAAAAUGCAGGGCAGCUAAGCUUGCAUAAAUCUAAAAUCUGUUUGAAUCAUUUCAUAGUGCAUUCAUGUAUUUUCUUGAUUUUGAAAUGAAAAAUCUAUUGGACCUCUGUGUAGAGAAACAUGUUUAAAAAAAGAUUAAGAUUGUAUGACUUUUUCCUACUUUAGGUAAUUUAGAUAAGUAUGAUCAGUUCUGCAGCCAUGACCAGUGACUAUCUAUUGUGAAAUGUUAAUGAAAAAAAUGCUCUGUCUACAGAAUGUUAUUGUUUUUAAGUGGAUGAAAUAAAAGAGAUAUGUAUGUAAAGGACAAAUAUUAAUUAUAGUAGAAAACACAAAAUAAGAGACAAUCUAUGCCACAAAGAUUAUUUUACUUAAAUUAUGUAUUUAUUUUCUUAUUUAACCGUUAAAUGCACCUGAAUUCUGCUGGCCAGUGAGGGAGAAUUAUUUCAAUGGAAAUGUCAAAAUGAUAUUAAAGAAUAUUGAUAAUUAUUUUCUUUUUCUAUUAGGAGUCUGAUUUCUCCAGUUUCCAUUUUAGUAAAUUCAGAUCAAAUGUUGCUUUUAUUGUCUGAAGUGUAGAUUGUUUAGUCUACAGGUCUUUGUAUAAUUGUGAAUGAAAUUGACAAAAGAAAUAUAGCAAGCCUGUGAAGCAUUGAUUGUUGGCAUAUGAGAAUGGUUUAUCUCUGUGAAAUCAUCUGAUCAGUGAGGUGAGAAGAUUGCUUGCUUUGUUCUCCAACCCAAAAACUAGUGCAACACUGUCCAAAGAAAUAAUAUAUUCCCCUUCAAAUUGU